AUUUUAUUUGUCAGUUUAUGCAAGACAUUCGCUAAAUAAGAUAAAGAUAUGAAACAAUAAAACAAUCAAAUCCACACACUCCUAAGAAAUGUCUAACUCCUACAAUAUCUUAAUAAUAUGUUAAAACUAGUCCUGGAUUGUAAAUGACUCCUCCAUCAAAUCCAAAACUUAAAAAAAUUUGUAACAAUUGUUUAAAUCGAUCACUUAUGAAAUAAAAAGAAUAGAGACAAUAUAAGGAACGAUCAGAAGACAAAGUAAUAAUUAUUUGUUUAAUUUUUUAGAGAUUGUACUAAUAUGUCAAAUAAUCAAUAGAUUAAGAAAACUAAUAUAGAGAUUAGUUAGUUGAAGAAAAUAGAAGAAAAUUUUUUACUUAUCAUAAAAUUAAUGGUGAUUUAAUUCAAAUGCAUUAAUUAAGAGCUAAAACUGAAUAAUAAAAUGAAUAAACUGAAGUAGCUAACUUUUUUAAAUAGUUAGAAAGAGAUGAUAAAGUUAAAAUGUUAAAAUAAUAGGAAAAAAAAGAAUAAUUGCAAUAAUAUUAUUUAAGAGAUCUAAAAAAUUAAAUCUCUUUUAAGGAAGAAGAAAAAAUAUAAUAAAAGCUAUAAAAUAAUAAAUCUGAUAUAAUAGAAUCUUAAUAUUGGACAUAAUUGGAAAAUCAAUAAAUACAAAAUCAAUAAAUAAAAGCAUAAUAAUAACGAUAAAUGAUAAACUAUUGGUAAUAGACAUUAGGAGAAAAACAAAGGUUAAAAAAAUAAUAGGAAGACAUUAAUAAAAUAGAAUAAGAACAAUUAAAAUAUUUAUAAAAAAGCAAUGAAAAAAUUAUGAAAGAAACUGAAAUGGCCAAAAAAUAAUAAAUGGAAUAAUUCAAAUAACAAAUUUAAUAUCAAGUUAAAUUAAAUGAGUAAAAAAGAAAGGAGGAGGAAAAUAGAAAGAAAUAAGAGUAUUACAUUAUGAUUUAAUAAAAAUAAUUGGAAGAACAGUUUGAAAAAUAAAAAUAAUUGGAUAAAUCCAUGGAAAAAUAAGCAUUAAUAAAGGAAAUAGAACAAUAGAUUAUUUUUAAAGUAAUAAUUGAGAUUUAUUGUAGUAAAAAGUGUAGAAAGAGGAAAAAGAAAAAGAGUUGAGUGAAAAUGAAAAGAAAUUAUUGAUUAAAGAAACUCCAAUAAAAUUGAUGAGCUGUGAUGAAUGCAAACAUAAUUGUCCAUCAAAAGUUAUUACUAAUAUAUUAUAAUGA